CUUCAAGUACUGCGUCACUUCCGCCAAAACAAAUGUCGCGAGGCACCUCUGCCCAGUCAGUAACUUUUCUGAGGUGAAAAUUUGGUGAAAAUUUGAAUAAUAUUGCUGUUUUUUGCACCAAUGAACACAUCGCUGAAGCACUGGAGGGAGGCGGCCACUCUAAUACUGGCCGCCGGACACAGGCUUGGCCCGGGCACGUUACCGUCAAGGACGCAGCUGACCAGCGGUGCACUGCCUCACCUGCCGCACAAGUCCUGCUUCGACUACGACGUUUUACUGCUGAAGAGAAGCAGUAAAAGCGGAUUCAUGCCCAAUGCGUACGUGUUUCCAGGUGGCAUGGUGGACGCCUCGGACUUUUCAAGUGAAUGGCUGGACGUUUUCAAAUCCUUCAGAAACUUUCCUAAUUUUGGUUUGAGGAGGGUCAAACAGUCCCCGGAGACCAGACCUCCAAUCUUCGCCACAGACCGGCUGAAACUUGGCUCUCCUAUACCAGGAGAGGUCGCCUUCCGGAUCUGCGCCCUGAGGGAGACGUUCGAGGAGUCAGGUGUGCUCCUGGUCACGUCUAAACUGGAGGAGAAGAGUUUGCUAAAAAGCAUUGAGGGAAGGAGUGACUCUGAUAAAGUGAUACACAACAAAGUGAGUGAGAUGGACAGUGGUGAACUCACUAAAUGGAGGGCUCUGGUCAACAAAAACCCCUCAAACUUCAUCAGGAUGUGCAAAGAACUGGAGGUGAUCCCUAACAUCUGGGCUUUGUAUGAGUGGGGGAACUGGCUCACACCCACAGGACGACGUCCGUCUAGGUUUGACACAGUGUUCUUCAUCUGCUGCCUGCAGGAGAUCCCCCACACACUGCAGGAUGAGAAAGAAAUAGUGCACUUCAAGUGGUCCACACCUUCAGAGGUCCUGCAGAGCUACCAUGGACAGGAUUUUUGGAUCGCCCCCCCACAGUUCUACGAGCUCAGCCGCUUGUGCCGUCUACCUCUGCUGAACGACCUCCAUGACUUUUCCAGCCGGCGUGGCACUGAGGGCAUAGAGCACUGGCUGCCUGUGUUUUUCUCUAAAGAUGGACGCUACAUAUCACUGAUGCCAGGUGACAAAAGUUACCCAUCAGACACUUCAGGAGAAGCUACGGUGGAAACAAGCGUGGAUGUUGAGCUGGAGGAGGCUCACAACGCCACUGGUCUGCAUCGAAGUGUGACCUCAGAUCCAUACACUAUAAACAUACAGAUCACAAUUACACCAAAGUACAAGCAUCUGCUCCCUGUUACAGGGCAAGCUGCCUCUCAUGACUCUAAAAGUCAGUUGUGACUCACUCUACGAGCUGUUAGAGCCCCAUAACUCCUCUGUGCACAUGUAGAGAACUCCAGAAGAACAGCACUCGCAGUAACAGCCUUAAGCACUGCUUGAUCACGUCAGAUGAUACGUUUUUUUCACAGACAUUUUGAAUCGUGUUGAGAAAAACGAUAGCCUGGCUCCUCCAAGUUUACCUAAGGUUGCAAAGCGUUGAUGGUGAUCCUUUUCAGCUCCUCAGGCCUGAUCUUGUGAUCGCAGCAAUUCCAUUUGUUUUACCUCAUAACUUUUAGCUGUGACAGUGAGAAAGCAUGCACCAAUCAAAUGCAAUCACAUUUCACAUUACACACUAUUUUUCUUUGUUGUCAAAGCACCUCAUUAACUUGUUUUAAAAGUGAUAUUUGAUCAAAGCAGCUAAAUAUUGAUCAGUCACUGAUUUUAUCAUUAACAAUGGUGUUUGUACUGUGCCAAUUACAGUAGCCUUCCUCUUGGCCUGACUGUAUGAAUGAUUGUUAGGUCUUGGGUUUUUUUGUAAACAUUUGUAAUCCACAAACAUUUUAUGAUUGAAGUGAUUGCGGAGGGCUACUUUAUUUUUUCGCUCACGCACUUGUUGCUAUCUGAAGAGCGAGUAAAAUCAAGCAUGCCCAUCUGACUUGAAGUGGUUGAGGCAUUAUUUGUUAGAGAGUAAGCGCCUAGUAAUGUUUGAUUAACGGAGCUCUUUCCUUGUAUGAUAAGCUGAUUUCAUCAGAUGUGAUCUUAAUGUUGACAUCGUGUGUUGUGUCAAACUGUUUUCAUGAGGCCCGAAAUGUCAAGGGACCCCACUCGUAAAUGAAAUAAUUAUUUUAAUAAAUGUUUUUUGUUCUGUCUUUAAGAA